UCUGCUCCGAGACAUUUUCUUUUUCUCUGAAAUAUUUCAUGUUCAAAUAUCAGGACGUCACGACUUUGACUGAUGGAAGUUAUGUAUUUAAGAAUGAGUCUGUGAACAUAUAACGACAUUCAGAAUCACAAUCAUGAAUGCUGUAAAUACUGUGCAGCUGUUCAUUCUGGUUUGGACCUUUACUGCUGUCUGUCAAGAUUAUGAUGAAGGAAUCAGUGUAAGCUGUUAUAAUGUGACUGGAUCUGUGGGGAAAGAAGUAACUCUCACCUGCAGCGUCUCUCUGAAUAUCACUGGAUGCUGCAUUAUAAAGUAUAGGUUUCUAUACCCUGAGAUCUUUAAUGACUCUUCAAUCUGUCGUCAAUAUGUUUCUGUGAACUCCUGUGAACAGAGAAACAGUUUCACAUGCCGCUACACUCCAACUACAGCGAUGAAAGAACAAUUCAGAUUCUUUGUGCAAACAACGUGUGGAUCAGCAAAAGCAGAAAUCUUCACUCUUAACACAGUUUCCUCAGGACUUGUGGACCCAGUAAACCCAUCAGGAUCCCCUCCAUCAGAGAAACCAAGAUUCAGGAACACUGUCAUCACUGUGGUUGUGUUUGGUUUCAUCAUCUUCAUCUUCAUCAUGAUGGUGAUCAUUUGCAAAACAAAACCAGACUUCACCAAACUUUGUAGACGUCAGAACUGGAUGUUUCUGAGAGUCAGACAUGAUGAGGACAACAAUCGUCCAGGAACUGAGAUACAAUAGCAUUGAAUUUUGUUCAUUGUCACUUUUCAUGUGGUUCUUAUGAAAUCUUAUGAAACACACUAACUUUAUUAGAACUCCACUAAACUCUAUACUUAUAUCUUAAACUCAAACUACUGGAUAUAUAACUCUGGCUGUAGGUUUUAAACAGUUUUUUUCUGUUUUAUAUUGAUUUCUGUGAAAUUCAGCAUAUUAUUGAUCAGUUUUGAUCAGAGUAUAUUAUUUUAAUAAACUCAGACCUUUGUGAACUCUAAGAAGAAACAGCGAAACUCAAACUGUGUUUUCUGACUUUCAAGGCAUGUCUAUUAUGAAUGUAAUUUUAUUACUGAGCAAACAGCACAAUAGACACACUGUACAAACUAACAAGGAGCCGGGCACAGAAGUGAGGAGCAGCAUAUGACAUACAGUUGAGUGUGUAAAUGUGCAAAAAUUGUGUGUGUGUGUGUGUGUGUGUGUGUGUGUGUGUGGAGGUGGACAUCUAAAUGAUGUGGUGUUGUCUGUGUGUGAGUGGGUGGUAAGAGUCCAGUGCAGUAUGUGAGUACAGAUAUUAUCCCUCGGGUCAUCUGGAGUAAAUGAGUCUGAUGUCUUGGUGGAAGAAGCUGUCACACAGUCUGAUGAUGAGGGCCUGAAUGUUUCUGUACUUCCAUGAGAGGGGUGUGUGGGGUCACCCAAAAUACUGAUGGGUUUGUGAGUACAACAUGAUGUGAAGAUGAUCCGAGGAAGACGCUUCAUUCAAAGCAACUUACAUUGUGUUCAAGGUUUAUAUUUGAUCAGUUCAUGCACUCAAACCUGUAGCUAACACCAAUGUCUACUGUUUGAGAUACAGGAGCAACUGUCUGAGAAAUAACAUCUGUUCCUUGAAAGAGAACAAGAAGAUCCUACAGCUGAUGAAAACAAACAGCUUUCAUGUGUCGAGCGUUCAGAGUCAAGAAAAUCUCUCUUUCCAUCAACAGCCGUCAGACGAGACGACAAGAAUCCUCCACGAGAGUAAAGAUGGCAGAUGAACCAUGGACUGAUUUCACAACAGAAACACAGACAUCUUCAUUUUAUUUUAUUGCAAAUGUUUAUUUAUCAAUAUGAGUUUUUCAGCACCAACUAAUUCAUAUCUAUACUGCAAGGUGGCUGAUGCAAACAUCAACAAUAUAAGGAUACAAAAAUUAAAUCCCCCCCAAAAAACUAAUUUACUACAUAUUUACAGAAAAUAUAGGCCUGCCAUAUAAACAAUAUAAAAACACAUAAAUAUUAUAUUGAAAAAAGUAUAUUAAACACAAAUAAGUCUAUUUAAAUAAAUAAUCGUAUAAAAUAACUAUAAUAAAGUAAGUUCAUUGUUGAUUCAUUAACUGUGUAAUGAUCUUUUUUUGUAGUUUUUCUCUGAACUGCUGCUCAGCAGUCUCCUCUUUUCAGGAAAGUUUCAUAAUUUCAUCAUCCAUUCAAGCAAUAGCGACUGAAUGACAGAAUGCUGAAAGAUAGAUGUGAUGUGUGUAGAAACCAUGAUGAUAAACAUGAAUGAAAUUAAUCAUAUUCAUUAUCAUACAGUUUUUAUAUGACAGCAUUAAAUCAAAUAAAAAUGU